UUGCCACAUAAUCCAUGCACCCUCCCCUUUCACUUGUAACUUGACCCUCCUACGGGCCCACUGUUAUUUUUAACCUUACAUUGACAUAUAACUGGCAUAUAACUUAUCAUUAUUAUUAUUGUUCUGUAAACUACCAGUCUGUGGAUAAGGAGGCACUGAACUGGACGUAAUUUAGUACUCCUGGAUUAGUAGUGUGAGACCUCCCACCUUCUUCCUGCCCCUCAGUUCAGGUGGCAGUUUCUCCAGCCUCCACUUUUAAUAUUUCUCCUAACCUGCAUCUAGAUCGAACCAUAGUGGCGCAGCUGUGCUGGGCAAGGGUGGAACGAGAGAAGAUUCACUGCCUUAUUUUGGCUUUUGAACACCAUGCACGGGAACUGCCAGCAAACAGAUCACCGAUGGAGACAAUGUCUCCUCUUGCUACUGCUGCUUGUCCUUUGGGGGUGUUCUGGGACAGCUGUCUGGCACCAUCUCGCUUGUCUCCCCAUGUCUGCUUCCACCCCCCAUCCUGUCCUUGGCUUCUGGGAAUCGCUGCAAAGAGGCACUGGAUGCACUAGCCGGGGACGGUCUGUCACAGGGCAAGAAGUCCAUGUCAUCAGCCUGCGCAGAGGAUUGCCAGCAAAUGCCCAGGUAACUCUUGUGACUUUGGACACAGAUCCCCUCGACAAAGCCCCCAUCUUUGUGCUGCACUCCCAGGAGCCUGUGCAUUGGAUGCUGCUGUCUACCCCUGGAAAAAAUUGGACCUUCCAGGUCUCCCCUGGCUCUACUGUCUCAGCCCCCGGGCCUGUGGCUUCUGCUGAGACCAACUUUCCAGAGACACUGAGAGGCCUGCUAAAGUGGGCACGGAGGGAACAUGGAGGGGUCACCUCUCUGGCCGAGUACCAUGGAGUCAACAGAAUCUACACACGCCUGGGGGCUGGUAUGGACAAUGAGGAUGGGACUGCACCGGCUACUUGCAAAUUGCGUAGAAAUUUCCUAACACCUGUGCACUUUGCCUCUGAGUGCCGACUCCAGCCUCUGAGAAUUUGCCUGAAUUCUGACCCCCCUCAAGACCUUGAAGUUCACAUCAUCCUCUCUAGAGGAGUUGCUCCAAGUAUGAUCUCUUCUAGGUCCAGCUUGGCCCAUUUGACUGUGGAGCUUCAUGCUGUCAGAAGGUCCCCACGCCAAGGGCUGCUAUUAAUACUGAAGAGUGAAGAAGCUGCUCAGUGGAUGGUUCAUGCCCACCGCCUCACUGGACGGCUGCAUGUGCUGGCUUCACACAAAGUCAUAAUCAGCAGCACGGAAAUGGAUCUACCUCUGACUGUGACCCAGCGUACCUCCCCUGGGCUGGCAGUCCAAGAUCCUUUGCAGUAUGCAGCAGAGCAGAAUCUGCCUGCGUUCACAUCCUACAUUGAGGCUGAGCGGGUGAACAGGUUUAUCCUUUUUGUUGGGAAGAAUGAGGCCCCAUCUGCUUUUCUAGAAGAUCCUAAACUAUUUGGGCCCAUAUUUCUGCCUCCCCCCAGACUUGCAGUCUCUCAACAGGACUUUUCAGAGGCCAUCACAGGAGGCUGGGAGAUGACCAGGCAAGACUUUUGGGGAGAGGAUGGUUCAGCUGUCCUUUCACUGCCCACAGCCAAAACAGAGGAAGUGGAGUCUGUCCUGUGUCUUGGGGAUCAGAAACCUAUUUUUGCAAACCAGGAUAUUCAGAGAGUCCCCUGUGUUUCACCUUCUCCAACCCAGAUAUCUCUGCCAGAAACCACAGUGGCCUUCCAGGAUCUUCCCUUUCACCUUGGCAAUGCCCUGCUUAACCUAGAGGUCUACAACUCAGCAGCUUUUGCCAAGCAACCAGGGCCCUGUACAGUCUCAGCCAACAGCCUGGUCUUUGUGGAGGCUUCCUUGGCUACCUAUGACUUGUCUCUUGGCUUCACCAUCCAGCAGUGCUUCAUCUCCAACUCCUCAGAUUCUUCAGUGGCCUCUCUGUAUCUGCUGGUCCAGCAUGGCUGUGCUGUUGCUGACGCCCAUGUCAGUCUCUUGGAAUCUGAGCAGGCUGCCCAGGGCCAGGUGUUGCCUCCAGGAUACCAGGAACGCCAACGGCUGAGCUUCGUGUUGCGACCCCACUCCAACGCCUCCAUUUAUUUUUUGCAUUGCCGUCUGAUGCUUUGCAGCAGGGAGCCUCAUGACCCUAUGAAAACCAAGGGUCCAAUCCCCAAGUGUCAGUCUGAGAAUGAGGCCUGCAGGGGAGAAGAGGAGGUGGUGGUCAGAGGCCGUUUCCAGCGCACCAUUACAAAGCCCAUCAUAGUAACUGUGGGGACUCCGUUCAGAGCUGCCACGCCUGGCCUGGCCCCUGUCAAUUUCCUGGACAGUCAACAAGGAAAAGCACCGAAGGAUGCAACCCACACACGGAAGAUGCAGCCAGUUCCAACUGCAGCUGCGCCAGGCCUGGAGCUCCCAGCAGUAGUUGGCAUAGCUUUUUCAGCCUUCAUCGUUGGCAUUUCCCUUGCUGGUGGGCUCUGGUUCAUUCAUUCCCAAACAGGUGAGGCAGCUUUCAAAAAGAGAAGCCAAUCUGCAACUGACAGAGCUGUUGUUGUUAUGUGCCUCCAAGUUGAUGACGACUUAUGGCGACCCUAUGAAUCAGCGACCUCCAAGAGCAUCUGUCAUGAACCACCCUGUUCAGAUCUUAUCCUGAAGAACCAUCUGUUCCCAAGCCUCAAGACAUUUCCUCAGCAGUGACUGCAGCUGGACCUCCAUGUGGUUCCCUGCCCUAAGAAGUCUCUCCUGAACAUGGGUAAUUGGCUUUAGAAAUGUUCAUGGGAAAAAUGAAGCUGGGGAAUUUUAAGGGCACAAAAAGGAGCCACAGCUAAACAUACGGAUCAAAUUUACUGCAGUGAAUGAGGAUGGCUUCGUAUAACUGCAGUGCAUUUCUGCAUCAAAACAUUUUAAAUCUGGCACAUGGAUUCCUAAAAUGUGUGGCUUUAAUAAGAAAAGCAACUGAUGUGAAGCACUUAUGUCCAAUAAUGAAAAUGGUGAUGUAGACCCCUGCAGCAGGUCAGCACUGGAAAUAAUUAUUUAUUUGAGUAAUUUAUACCCUGUAUUUCCAUGGUGUGCAUCUACUAAAAUGUAGGUUGCUCAUUCUUAUGCAAGUGGGGUGGUUAUGUUCUUGGGUGAUUUUUGCAGACAAAUACUUUCACAGUAGAUUUGUUUCCUUUUAAUAGAUUUUGUUGUAUAUUCUCUGUCUCUUGAAAUCACUUUGGGAUUCCUUUUGAAGUGUGAAGCAAUGCAUCAACUGAAUAAAUUGGAUUAUUCUUGUUAUGCAUUCCAUGUCUGUAACUGAGACGUGAAUCCUACUCUAGUAGAGAUUUUGUGUAAAACUGACCCUCUUCUGUUGUUUGUCCCAUAUUAGCAUUCACCAAUGAGACAUUCCAGCCAAAUUAAAGGUUAUUCUUAGGGUCAGUUAUGAAAACAUGCCUCUCCAGGUUGCCAUGAUGCAACAGUUAGUUGGGUGAUCUCUGGUAGCAAGAUGAUGGAGAAUGUGCAGACCACUGGUAGGAUGAGAGUGGAAUGAGACCUUGAGUGAGCUGAGGAGGGAGAGUGGGAAAAUCUCAUCCACAUUUUAU